UUCUCCUCCCCCUUCUCUCUCCCUCUCUCUCUCUCUGAGGUGCCCCCUCUCACUCCUCUCUCUCCUCAGCUCUCUGCUCCUCUGUGGAUUGUCUCCUGGUCUCGUGGUCUCCUGUCUCUGGAGCGUGUGUGGAGCACCAUGCCUGCAGGCAGGACUCGCUCUGGGCUGUCCGUGUUCAGUCUGACCGCGCUGACCGUGCUGCUGCAGUGCUGGACUCCAGCUUUAGGAGUAUCUCUGAGUGGAGUUUUGGGUUUGGACGGAGAGACAAAGCAACAUGUGGAGCAGAAGAUCAAGCCUGCAGCAGACUUGCUACAAGUAGUGAUAACACCCUCACAUGGAGAGAUCCAAGUGGGAGAGAGCAAAAGGUUCCGGUGCGAAGUGGUCGGAGGAGCUGUAAACAUUGACUGGAUUGCCCCAAAUGGAGAGAAAAUCCAGGAAAAACACAGAAACGUCAGAGUGCACCGACACGACAGGACGUCCUCCUCUCUGACCAUCCACGCGGCCAGGACGGAGGAUGCUGGAGCUUAUACGUGUGUGGCUGAAAACACUGAGACUGCAGCGCAGGCCAGCGUCGACCUGGAGGUCCUCUUGAAGAGAGUCCGGAGAGGACCAGCGAAGGAGGGAAGGGAGAAGAGGCAGAAAGACCCCAAACCCUCCAAGAAACCCAAAGGCCCAAAGCCCACCAAGAAGCCCAAGGGUGAGAAAACCACCAAGAAGCCUAAAGGGGAGAAGAAGAAGAAAGGAAAGAAGAAUAAAGAGAUCAUCACCACCACCACCACCACCACCACCACUCUACCACCUACGACCACCACUUUACCGCCUACCACCACGCCUCUGAUCGUGUACGACGAGGAGUUUUUUGACCCAGGGCUUGAUGAGUACUGGGAUGAAGUGUACACUACAGAACAAGCCCCAGCAGUGGUCACUGAUUCACCCACAGAAAGGCCCACUGAAGCUGAUAUAGACUUCCCCACAGACUUCCCGACAGACAUCAUUCCGGAUGUGGAGGAGUAUCCUAAUCCUUAUCCUGACUCAGAAGAUGAUGACUACUGGUUGGUAGGUGAGACCAAACCCACAGAGCCAGUUAUCAGCGUCACGGGUAAAGACGGCGAUUACUGGGAUGCUACAUACGAGGAACCAGAGAAUUUACCCUUCCCGGACGGUAAAGAGGUCAGUCCAACUGACGGCGACUGGACUUACAGUGCCACAGAUGAACCCACAAUCCCUCCUUAUGACAAGUGGUACGAGGAGUAUGAAUACGGACCAGAGAAGAGACUGGAAGAAGAAGAGGAGGAGAGAGAGAGGGCGAGAAAAAGGCAGGAGGAGAGAGAGAGGGAGCAGAGGAGGCUGGAGGAAGAGGAGGAGAGAGACAGAAGGAUUAACAGACCUCCCCCACGGGUCUACAAAGAGCCAAAGAUCUGUCCUCCUCUUGGAAUGGAGUCUCAUCGUGUGGAUGCUGACCAGCUGCUGACAUCAUCCAUGAGUCAUCAUCGCUACGGGCCUCACAGGGCGCGCCUUAAUAUUCAGGCGUCUGGAGAUGAGGACGAUAUGAACGGAGGGGCGUGGUGCGGUAACCAGGAUGACAAAGUCCAUUGGAUCGAACUGGACGCUCGGACACUCACAGAAUUCACCGGGGUCAUCACACAGGGCCGAGACGAUCCCAUCGAAAACGACUAUGUGACUUCAUACUACGUGGCCUUCAGCAAUGACAGUAGAGAAUGGACGGUUCUUCAUGAUGGAUACUCGGAGUGGCUGUUCUUUGGGAACAAUGAUAAACACAGUCCAGCGAUGUCUCAGUUCGUGGAGCCUGUGGUGGCGCGCUACAUCCGCAUCCUGCCCCAAAGCUGGAACGGCACCAUGUGCAUGAGGAUGGAGGUCAUGGGCUGCCCUCUGCCUGACCCCCUGAGCCAGUACCAGAGUCAGAAUGAGGUGAUAUCUAAAGACGACCUGGACUACAGACACCACAGCUACGAGGACAUGGAGAAGUUUAUGAAGUCUGUUUCAGACGAGUGUCCCGACAUCACCAGACUGUACAGCCUGGGCAACAGUUCAAACGGUCGGGAGCUUUACGCCAUGGAGAUCUCGGAUAAACCUGGGAUUCACGAGAUAGGAGAACCGGAGUUCCGCUACACGGCUGGUUACCACGGUAACGAGGCUCUGGGCCGAGAGCUCCUGCUGUUGCUCACGCAGUACCUGUGCAGGGAGUACAAGGACGGCAACCCGCGAGUGCGCCGCCUGGUGGACGGAACACGCAUCCACCUCGUUCCUUCAGUCAACCCGGAUGGCCACGUGAAAGCCUUUGAGAGAGGUUCGGAGCUGGGCAGCUGGACAGUGGGUCACUGGACUGAAGAUGGCGCUGACAUCUUCCAGAACUUUCCAGACCUCACUAGCAUGUUCUGGGAUGCGGAGGACAAGGGCAUGGUGCCCAAACUGACCCCAAAUCACCAUGUGCCUAUUCCUGAUGGCUACCUGGCGGAAAACGGACCUGUAGUUGUGGAGACCCGGGCCCUCAUCUCCUGGAUGGAAAGCCACUCGUUUGUUCUAGGCGCAAACUUGCAAGGAGGGGAGCGGAUGGUUACGUACCCCUUCGACAUGCGACGUCUCACCAAGGAGUCUGAGGAACGGGAGAAGAGGCUACACCCCAGGGCAAACCGGUACAAGCGCCAGUAUGAGGAGGAGGAAGAGGAACCCAACCCUUACCUCCACAUUGGGUACCAUCAGGAGAGCUAUGGAUACAACCCAGACCCCCAUGGUUACAAUCAAGAGAACUAUGGCUACCACCAGGAAAAUUAUGGAUACCAUCAAGAGAACCAAGGGUACCAUCAAGAGCACCAAGGGUACCAUCAAGAGAACCAAGGGUACCAUCAAGAGCACCAGGAGUACCAUCAGGAAAACCAAGAGUAUCAUCAGGAGAACCAAGGGUAUCAUCAGGAGAACCAAGGGUACUACCCUGAAGGUCAUUCUGAAGGGUAUCAUGAGGGGUACCAAGAAGGGUAUCAGGAGAGUUAUCCAGAGGGCUACAGGGAGGGCGCAGAUGGAGAUGGGGAUGCAGAGGAGGAGAUCAGGAUGGUCGAGGACCAGUCCUUGUUCCGCUGGCUGGCCAUAUCUUACGCCUCCACUCACCGCACGAUGACCAACACUUUCCGGGGUGGCUGUCAUACCGACGACCCCACGCGUGGUCUGGGAAUCGUUAACCGCGCCAAGUGGAAGCCCAUUCCAGGAAGCAUGAAUGAUUUCAGCUACCUGCACACCAACUGUUUUGAGCUGUCCAUCUUCCUGGGUUGUGAUAAGUUCCCCCAUCAGAGUGAGCUCCAGAGAGAGUGGGAGCACAACAGAGAGGCUCUGCUCACCCUUAUGGAGCAGGUGCAUCGGGGUGUGAAGGGGGUUGUUUCUGACAAGGACGGCAAACCUAUUCGAAACGCCUCUGUCUCUGUGGAGGGAGUCAACCAUGACGUCACGACAGGUGAGGCUGGAGAUUACUUCCGACUGUUGAACCCUGGUGAGUACCGUGUGACGGUGCGCGCCUAUGGCUAUUCCUCACAAACCCGGAUGUGUGUGGUCGGCUUCGAACCCGGCGCCACCCUCUGCAACUUUGAGCUCAGCAAGUCCAACUGGGAUCGCAUUAUGGAGAUCUUGGCUCUCCACGGUGACAAGCCCAUCCGAGUGCUUAACCCCGGAAAAGGCCAUCCCCACAUGCCCAGAGGUGGCCGUAGAAGGGUAGGCAGUAGUGGGGUCGACAUCCGUAACAAAAUUUCUCGUACCGACAUCGCCAGAGCUCAUCGCCGGCGGCAAUGGCUCCGGCGCCAGCGUCUAAAACAGCUGCUGGCAGCCCAGAUGACCACUACCACGCUGCCUCCAACAACUACCACGCCAACCACCACGCCUACCACCACCAUACCUCCAACUACUGAGAGCACCACACUGUGGUUCGACUACGGGCCUGUGGAGGAGAUUACUAAGGAAAACACCACCCAACCUGAGCUUGAGAUUACAGACUCACUCGACUACAACUACAACUACAACGACAGCUACAACUACACCGACAGCUACAACUACAGCUCCAAGACAGAGGAUUACUGAAGGGUCCGAGGUGCGCCUCAGACGUAGAGUACGCACCAGCUUCUCCUUCUUUCACAAAGGACAGAUGAGUGCCCACGGACAGUUCAAGAACCGGACCGCAGAGGAAACGAUCUACCAGUCUGCAUGUACACCACCUCAAAUAAAAGAAUAGGUUCAGGAGCGGGUAUAUAUAUAUAUCACUUUAACAUAGGCCAGUGGUCUCCAAGCUCACGCCUGGAGGUCUACCCUUGUACAAAGUUCUGCUUAUUUAACCACGCCGGUCCAGUUCUUCUGGACAGAUUAACUUUGCAGGAAGGCAGAGCUUCAGGAGGAAGGCUGGUGACCACUGAUAUAGAAUACGCACCAGCUUCUCCUUCUUCAGCCGUGAGAUUGAAAAAGGAGGGAUGAUCGCUCAUGUACAGUUCUAGAAACAGCAAAUAAUCAAAACUCAAUACUACAGGCCAGGGGUCAUCAACUGCAGUCCUGAGAUGAUGUCCAGCACAGUUUGUUGACCUUCCUGCUCAAGCAUAAAACCAAACCUGGUAAUUAAGUUGCAUCAGGAGUGUGUGAGCCAGGGAAUGACCAAACUGUGCUGGUCUCUGGCCUUCCAGGACUGGACCUGAUGACCCCUGCCAUCGUCCAGUGUGCAUCUAUAUCAAUAAGAACAACAGAUACUAAAGGGAGUACAUAUAGUGGGGUACAACAGUCUGAGACCACUAAUGAAAAAGACUCUAUUUUGCAUUAUUUUCUAAUGUAAUGCAGUAUUUUUCAUCACAAAUGAUAAGAUUAGCAUAACAAUGUGAGUGAAAAAGUAUAUUUUAAAUAUUUCUUAGUAUUUGGUAGUUUUUGCCCCCUUUGCUUUAAUGACUGUGCACUCAAGCUGCAUGGCAACCACAAGAUUGGGCAAAAGCCUCUGAUCAGCAGGUCAAAUUGACCCGAGAGUCGUCUGAACACGAGCUUCAAUGGACGAGAUAAGACAAAAAUGACCUUUUUGUACAUUAGCGUGGCCUCAACAAGGUCAGAAAUGUCCUUACAUUUGGAUAGUGACCGAUACGCAGAGCAGAAUCUUCAAUGUUUUCUUCUUGUCAUAACUUUUCCACAUUUUCAAUUUAUUUCCAUGAUUUAAACAAAACCCCAAAAAUCCAGAUUUUCAAUGUGGUCUCAGACUUUUGGACCCCAAUAUUAAGACCACUUGUGGUCCACAACCCUGCUCCUGGAGACCCACCAUCCUCCAGAGUUUCGCUCCAACAAAAUCAUACACAACUGAUCCAACUACUGUCUUGAAAAGUCCUCAACCAGGUAAUCAAGUGUGUUAGAUUUGGGCCCAAUCCAAUUUCUUAUUUUUACCCCUACCCCUUGUUUUCAAGUGUUGCCCCUUGGAACUGAGUUACAGGGUAGUGGUUGAAAUCUCCCCUCUGAAAUGGGACCCUCAAAUAAAAAGAGCAUCACUUCAUUAACAGCUACCAGCGCUGCUCUGUAGGCGACCCUGCCAGUCUGCAGUGACAGCAGAGGAGGGUAAAGUUCAGCUCCUCACUGCUGGGCUUUAGUUACAUUUAGGGCAUCAUAUGAUCUUCAAAGAGGGGGGCAAUUAUUUAUUAUCACCCACCCCUAAUUCUUCAGUGAUACGAAGCUGAAGUCAGAUAUUCUCCAAAUUCUUGUUCGAAUUUUCCCGUUUCACCUUAAAUGGAGCAGCAGUUCUGAUACCUGAGGCUCCAGAAUGUAACUGCUGCACUAUUUAAGGUGGAACAGGAAUUUUAGCAAGCCACCGAGACAUCAGCAUACUACUAGUAAUUUUUAUGCUUGUUAUGAAGAAAAGGCACCAUAAUACAUUGAAAUGACAUUAAACUAAGAUAAUAUGAUGGUUAUUGUAAUUUUUUAAUUGGGAAAAUUCUCAAAUUUGUGGGUUUCUGUUUGGAGCAUCUCUGAAAAACCUCUGUUUGGAGGGCCAUGUAGCCUCAGCAACUCGCCCUACCCCUCUAUCUCAACAAGAAUCGGGACACCUUAUGCCUAGCAUGAAUGAGCAAAACAGAAGGGUAGGGCUAAGUGGUGAAAUGGGAUUGGGCCUUGGAGGUGAAACCUACAGGUUAGCACAUCACCAGGAGGAGGGUUGGUGACCACAACCUAACGAAUAUAUAUCAUCACUGUUACGUACAGGGUGGUAAAAACAUUCAUCCGAUUUCAAAGCGCCAUAUUUUUAUAACCAUGAGGCGCCUAGGAACCAAUCACAAUCCAACUGAAAGAGGGGGUCAUAGAGUUUCUGACCAUCAGUGGAAGAUGGCUCUUUUCAGUCUGAGAGGAGAUGAGACCCCUGAGCAGAAAGCGUUCUGCGUUCUCCACUUCAAUAAGAGUGAAUCCGUCAUAACUGUGCAGUGUGAUUUUCGUGGGCAGUGAAGCUCCAACAGCUCAGAGCAUUCGUCGUUGGUUCCACAACACUGGAUGAUCUCCGAAAUCGCACUGAAAGAGCCGUGAGUGCAGCGACACCCGACAUGCUCAAUCCAGUAUGGGAUGAGUUUGACUAUGGCGUUGAUGUUGUCUGUACAGCUGGAGGAGGUUCAGACUGAGAACUUGUACAAUUACAUAAUAAACUUCAUGCUCAUUUAAACCAUUUACAGUUCACUGCACUGAUCUGUAAUGAUUCACAAGUGAAAUGAAUCAUUUUGGAAUCGGAUGAAUCUUUUUGAAUCACCCUGUAUUUUGGUUUUGGACUCCUCCAUCAGCUCGUGCUGCCAAAAGUAGCUGAAAUGUUUGCUGUUACAGAUCUCAUGUCCUGGGAAGAGUCUAUAGGCCACCAACUCCUCUGCAUCUGGCACAGCUUUCUGCCAAAGCCUUCAUCCUUAAUUCACUUAAGUCCUCCACGUGGGCUGAAGCAUCACCCUCUCUGGUCUCCAUCGAUUAUUUCUGACCAACAGCUAAACAGCCUGGGCACUAACUUAAGAGAGUUCUCCGCCAUGUCUAUUCGAUCCACCCACCUGCUUCCCACAGAAGAAAAAGAGAAUGUGUAUACAAAACGGACUUUAUUUACAUUUCUUGCACACAAGUAAACAAACCUUUCGCUUGUCGAAGACGGCACAAUGUCUACAGGAGGGACUUUUCUCAAAAACUCCUCGAGGUUGAAUGACUGGAGGUAAAGAACUGUUAUUUCUUCAUCUAAUAAAGGCCUGUUUAUGUA